CUCAGUGCGCUCCACACCGUUGACGUGAGAGGGUUGCGGUCUCUCGCUUUCUCCCGGCCCGUAUAGUUAUCUUACAGUUGUUUUGUUUUGUGACACAUUCGAUAUAAUCUCGUGGGUUUUCGCCCAUGCCUCUCACAAGUUGUUACCAUUUGGUUGUGAUAUCAAGCAGAUGCACGUAAUAAACUACCUAGAAGUUUAUAUCAUAAAGUAAACAUUACAAUAGACGUGAAUCGUGACAGAAAAUUCUAGGAAAUUCGUGGCUACCGGCAUUUUGUGGUGGUGGUGAGACCCCCCGGCCUCCUGCCGCGGCACCUGCAGCAGGCGUCUCAGACACAACACCUCGGGUGUGCACACAGGUCCCUCGAGGGUGGAGGCUGUGCCUGCAGAAGGCGGCAAGAGAGAGAGAGAGUGUGGCCACAGGUGCGAGCCCCACGACCACAGUCACGCGACCAACACGGUUUGGAGAAGUUGCAUCAGUUGUCCUGGGCAGGAAGUGUCCAAUACUACUACUGGUUUGGCAGCUAAUAAUUUCACCAGGUUUUAAAGAUGGAGAAGAUAUCCUCCCUGGCGAAUAUGUCGCCAGUCUAUGAUGAUGGGACUAAAAAGAAAAAGCAGUCUACUGAGCAACUAAAUGAGGACAUGGAGAGGAUGUUUGAGAGUGAAGGAACAUUGGAAGAUUUUUCAUUGAGCCAGCUUAAUGCCCAAGACAGAGAAUCUGCUCCAUGGUCACCUGGAUAUAAUGAAGAAUUACAGGUGUACGAAACUGAUGAUCUACGGGUUCGCGACUCUGAUAUUAAAUUUCAUCGAAGUGAUACUUUCCCUCAUGUCCAUCACCCCUUGAGGCCGCACCACCAUCGUAGGGGUAGCCGCAAGGGUAGUCAGAGUGAAGAUGCUCAACCAUCAUACACUCGCUUGGACAAGCAAGAGGAGAAUGAGGAGGAGGAAAAAAAUGAAAAUAUAGCAGGUUCCUCUCAGAUGGACAUGCCACCAGUACCCUCCUCUCGGGUGGACACGCCACUGGUGCCCUCUUCUCAGGUGGACUCGCCACCAGUGCCCUCCUCUCGGGUGGGCACGCCACCAGUGCCCUCCUCUCGGGUGGACACGCCAUUAGUGCCCUCCUUUCAAUUGGGCACACCACCACCAUCCUCGUUUCAAAUGAGCACACCACCAGUGACCACCUUUCAAGUGGGAACGCCAGAAACUACUAGAAAAACCACGUUUGGAAUGGAGGGAAGCAGUCUCCCCAAAUCGAUUUUAUGCAGAGACGUCUCUUCAGGUCAAGAAUCAGACGAGGAGGAGAAUUAUCCAUUACUAGCAGAUGAUCCUAAGCUCAGACCCUGCAUUCGGCCAAUGGAAUCUGAUUUACAGUAUAUUGAUGACUCAACUCGUAAGAAGAAUCGUGUCCAGUUUGAAAUUGUUACAGCCAGUGUAAAGAGGAGAUUUGGAAAAAUGAGAUUCUCCAGGGCUGGAAGUCUGCGAUUUGGUGAAGAUGAGCAGCAGCCUGACUUGGAACAUCGAACACGCCGCAGACGCUCCAACAAAAGCCGGCGUCGUGACACUGUCGAGGACCCAGCUUGGCGGCGUCAUGCUGGUAGUGAGCACAAUUUGCAAUCCUACACAACUCCAACUACUGAAGACGAAGCAAGAAAUUUAAUUGGCCAUGACCUUGAUGAUAUGACGAGCCACAGAUUUGAUGACCCUAGUGCUUACCGUCGUCCACGAGUACGAGCACGCUCGUCAGUUGCAUCCAUCAUUCAUGCUGGUGAUAAGGAAGAUAAAAAUGAUCGGCAGUUACCUAUUGUGAAGAAAACAUAUGACCACAGUCCUCAUGAGGUGUUUGUGGAGUUGGAUGAACUGAAAUAUUCAGAAGGUCGUGUUGAGUGGAAGGAAACAGCCCGUUGGAUCAAAUAUGAAGAAGACGUAGAUGAUGUUGACAACCGAUGGGGAAAGCCUCAUCUUGCUUUUCUAAAUUUCCAUUCAUUGUUCUCCCUCCGCAAGGGACUUGAAGCAGGCGCGGUACUGUUGGACCUGGAGGAACGGGAUCUGCCCAGCAUCGCCUCCCGGGUAGUGGACAAGAUGAUCGCCUGCGACCAGAUCCCUCCCGACCAGCGGGAUGCCGUCAUCAGAAUCCUCCUCCUUAGGCACAAACACAUCAGAGAAAAUCAUUCCUCCUUCAGGCUCCCCUCCAUAGGAUCAAAGGGAAAUCUAAUCGGUUCCGAUGAGAAGUUGCAGCCAUCAUCGACAACGGUGAGUUUGGACACCGGGGUUCGGGGUUCUGUGCGUAAAGCCGGUCUCUCCAACCUCUUCCACGUCAACACCUUCACUGGUAUCCUCCGCCAGAACUCCGUGGAGGAGACUACCAUAGUGGCCAACGGCGGCGUCUCCAAGGAUCCCAACCCAGAGAACAGGAGAAGCUUCAGUCGCGACGACUCCUACACUCAGAUUGAAAUUGAAAGUGAUGGGAUACAUAAAGACGCUAAAGAUGAAAUACGCAAGAAUAAGGAACUAAUGAAGAAGAUUCCUGAGGGUGCUGAAGCCACAGCCGUAUUAGUUGGUGCUGUGGACUUCCUCAAGCAUCCCACUAUUGCUUUUGUAAGGCUAGCUGAAGGAGUCAUGAUGGAUAAUCUGGUUGAGGUUCCCAUCCCUGUCAGGUUUAUGUUUGUACUCCUGGGUCCAUUCCAUGGUGAAAUGGAUUACCAUGAAGUUGGACGUUCAAUCUCCACUCUCAUGUCAGAUAAAGGAUUUCAUGAAGUGGCUUACCGUGCACACUCACGUGGACAACUCCUAUCUGCCAUCAAUGAAUUUUUAAAUGCAUCAAUUGUCCUACCUCCCGCUGACUGGAACAACAAAGACCUAGUUCCUGUGGACGAGAUCCGAGCAAAAGCUCAUCAGAUGAUGAAAAAGAAAGAAAGUUUGAGAAGCAAGCGUGUUCAAGGUGACCAAGCUGUGUCCGCAAUAUCUGCAGGGGAUGGCGAUGGAGGGGACAAAAAACCGCCACCAAGAGAUCCUUUAAUCCGCACUGGAAAGCCAUUCUUUGGUUUAAUUCAGGACAUUAAGAUUCGUUACCCCAAAUAUCUCUCGGAUAUUAAAGAUGGCAUUGAUGGACAAGUGGCUGCUGCAGCCAUCUUCAUUUUCUUUGCUGCCCUUUCAGCUGCUAUCACCUUUGGUGGCAUGUAUGGUGACAAGAUGAAUAACUACAUAGGAGUUGGUGAAUGUCUUCUAUUUUCUUCUGUGAAUGGUAUCAUCUUUGCCCUGUUUGCUGCUCAACCAUUACUUAUUGUUGGUGCCACAGGACCCUUGAUGAUCUUUGAUAUGAGUCUGUACCAGUUUGCUACAAUGUAUGAGCUUGAUUUCCUGUCCAUGCGUGUAUGGAUUGGCUUGUGGAUGACAGUUUUUGCAUUACUGAUUGCUGCAUUUGAAGCUGUUGCUAUUGUCAAGAAAAUAACCAGAUUCACUGAAGAGAUCUUCUCAACCCUUGUUUGCCUUAUCUUCAUUUAUGAAGCCUUCGUAAAAUUAGGAGGCAUUUUCGUCGAGCAUCCUCUUCAACAUGCAUACAACUUUUAUGAUGUUAACAAUUCUGAAAUUGUUAAUGGUAUGAUCAUCAAUGGAAGUCUGAUCAAUGGAACAGAUGCUGAUGGAAAUGAAGUUUAUUCUAUAGUGAAUGCUCAGCCUAACACUGCCCUUUUGUCCCUAAUUCUCAUGUUGGGAACUUUCAUCAUCGCUUACAAGCUGAAGCACUUCCGUAACUCAAAAUUCCUAGGAAGAAGUGUGCGACGUGCUCUGGGAGAUUUUGGCGUUCCCAUCUCUAUUGUUCUUAUGGUGCUGUUGGACUAUUCAAUUAGAGAUACAUACACUGACAAACUUACUAUGCCUGAGGGUAUCCAGCCUUCCAACCCCGAAGUUCGUGGCUGGCUGAUCAACCCACUAGGUGUAACCAAACCUCUGCCAGUGUGGUGUAUGUUUAUUGCUGCCCCAGCAUCUCUACUCCUCUUUUUCCUUGUCUUCCUUGAGGAGAACAUCUGCCACCUGAUUUUGAGCAAGCCGGAGCGCAAUUUGGUAAAAGGGUCAGGAUUCCACUGGGAUCUUGUUUUGUCGUGCUUCGUCAACUUUGUAUCUGGACUCUUUGGAGCUCCCUUCAUGGGUCCAGCUUGUGUCCGAACUGUCUCCCAUACAUCAGCGCUAACUGUCAUGAGCUCAACCCAUGCUCCAGGAGAAUCCCCUAAGAUUAUUGGUGUUAAAGAGCAACGAUUGAGUGCGUUUGUAGUUUCUGUCAUGAUCGGAUUAUCAGUACUCUUGGCAGCAGUUCUUAAUAUGGUGCCAAAAGCAGUUCUGUUUGGCAUCUUCCUUUACAUGGGUCUUUCUUCAACUGCUGGCAUACAAUUCUUGGAGCGAUUAGUUCUCUUCCUCAUGCCCGUCAAGCAUCAUCCCAACGUCCCCUACGUAAAGAAGGUCCGCACCUGGAAGAUGCAUACCUUCACUGGAAUCCAGUUGUUAAUGUUGGUGGUGUUGUGGAUAGUAAAGCAGUCACCAGCUGCUCUGUGCUUCCCAUUUGUCCUUAUGCUUCUCAUCCCAAUGAGAUUAUACCUCCUGCCUUAUGGUUUCACCAACCCUGAGCUUAGUGCGCUUGAUGGUAAAGAAGCAUCUGCAUGUAAUGAUGAUGAUGAUGAGCCAGAUUUCUUCGAGGAAACCCAUGGUCUUCCUACCCAUGUUGAUCACCAUCACCAGAGCUGAGCAUCGUACACUAAUUUUAAUUCCUCCACUUGCCAUAGCACUUGUACAUUCCUUAAAUAUAUUCCGAAUUUUAUAAUUGAGAUGUAGGCCCUAUAUUACAUAUUAUAAUAAUCAUUGAUUUUAUAAAUAUUCAGUAUGAAAUAUCAGAUUUUUAUAUCAGAUUGGAAGACUUUAAAUUGGCAAUGCAAUAUUGGGACUCCCAUUUUACUUUACUACUCUAUUUGAGAGUACAGUAUAUGCUUACGCUGCACUUUGCAAGUGUAGUUCAGGGUAUCUGCCUUUAUUAUCCAGUACUUUUUGAGUAUAGCAUGCUUUAGGUACAUAUUGGGUGAAUAUACCUGUAUAUAUAUUUUUAUAUGAAACUUUAGCAAAUCAUGUUGAUGUUGCCUAACAAUACAUUAAUAUUUAGCAGACAACCUGCAGAAAUUAAAAUGGGUGUGUUGCAAAACUUGAGAAUCACUUCACUGAGUUGGCCUUAUUUGCAAGUUGUGAAAAAAUAGUACAAGACUUAUCAUUCCAUAUUUUGGUACUAUAUAACAGAUGGGAAUUCAUUAAGCAUAUCAUUUUCAAAGAAUGUUAAGUUGAGACUGUUAUGCUCCGUCCAUCAGUAUUUAAGGAAGAUUACAUACUGUAUUUUAUGACUAGAAAAUUAUAUUAUAGUUAGAGAUAGAUAUAUUAGAAUUGCUCAAGUUAGUUGAUUUUCAAUAAUACUGUAUUACAAUGUAAUGAGGGACACCAUUAUGUUGUGCAUUGUUUGUGAUGUUAUUAAGUAGUAUUUAAUGACUACUUUAGGUGCUACUAGUAGUGAAGUAGAGUAUUUAAGUUAGGCAAUUACUUCUUUGUGACUGUACAGUUGCUGUUGUUAUCCCAGUGAAUCCACUCAGAUUAGAGGUGCUGUCCAGAGACAAAUCAGUUUGCAUUUUUGGUGACUGCCUCUGCUGUAUGUGUGUGUGUGAUGAAGGUUGAAGGGCUCAAUGUUCUGUCAUGUAUCUACCUGUCAAUGAUGAUGAUGAUGAUACUCUUCACCACCUCAUACUCCUGCUCAUCUCUUGAAUGUGUUGAUCAGAAAUACCAGCAGCAACUAGAUAGAUACUAGUUGCUGAUGGUGUUGUGGUCCCUCUUUUUAAUUUGUUCCCUUCUACCGCAUGUGCCAAAUUUGUUAGGUUAGCAAUUUUCUUGUAUAGACAUUACUCUAUUGUGAUGGAAUAAUAUGGAUCAUUAGACUGACAAAUACUCGAUAAUUAGAGAUUUCAAAAUAAUUUUAUACUAUUUUAACUUAAAAUUAUGUAUUUUUAAAUACAAUUCUGUUCAACACAAAUUAAUAUAAUUAUGGUUUUCUACUAAAUUUAAAAACAUAUGGUAUAAAGUCUUUUCUUGUGGUUUCAUAAAGUAUCAAGAUAUGUCAUAAAUAUUCUUGGGUUGUAUUAUUUAUAUAAGAUUUAUUAAAACCAAUUGCAUUGUAUGCAAGUUGGACCUUUAUGACGUCAUAUCAACCCAUGGAAUAUUUUGCCGAGAGACUUGUUCAGAUGAAAGUGAGCUUAAGAGCAAUGAAAGAGUAACUCAUUUUUAUAUGUAUAUAUUGCUGAAUCAGCAAAUUAUUAUUUACUUGUCUUUUCUCUGGUAUUCCUGCUAUGCACAUAAUGUUUGUAUAUAAAUAUAUUGAGUUAUGAGAUUAUAUUAUCUCCUAAACAAGGUAUAUUAAACAUAAAAUAUAA